AUUGGAAUUUUAAGGGCGCCUAGAAUGCUUGGAUAUUGCAUUCCAAAACGUAGCAUAAGUUUUUUAGUCAUCAAUCAAACUUUAAGUUACAAGUUAAACAAGGUCAAUCUUAAUUCGUUAUUACACAAACAUGAUGCAAAUGAAUAAGGAACCCAUUCCCGAGGUGGACAUGUGGCAGGUGGCCAAAAACGCAGAGGUUCAGCGCCGAGCCAUCUUGGGCUUUGCGCCGCGGAUCGGAUUGGUAAUUGUGGAUUACGACGAUCUGGACAGGAUCGACAGCAUCUACCUGCAGUGCCAGAAACUGCGGGAUUACUACAGGGAUCCCCACAACAAACUGCACAAGCCCACGGGCUUCCAGCCGCACCGAAGGAAGUGCGGCAUCAAAGUGGACCAAAGUGUUCAGCACUUGACUCAGCCCAUUCGAUGGGUUGAGGAACGGCGACCAGUGGUUUAUCCUUUUCCGAGGGAUACUUCCAUGAACCUGGGCAGUCCGAUUGUGCCCAUGAUCAGCGGGCGCUACAGCAAAUCCUCCUCCGUCUCCUACGUUCGCUAGAUUGAGCUGCAUCGAUGUGUUCGCAGGCGAGCUGAGGUCCUUUGCGAGGACUUUGAAUUCGUCUGGUGACCCCAAAAAGCGUUCGCAGAGUACCUGAGCUCCUCUGCCAACGCAUUACCAAAUUUAAAUGGUCAAAUAAAUUAUUGUGUAGAUUCCUUCCACAAAAAUAUACGUAUAAAUCAC